AUGUAUAAAAUUAGUGUUCUUUUGAGUGUUCUGCUGUGGCUUGGCUCUCCCGUUUUCGGAAGCUUCUUUCAUUCCCCAUCGACUGUGGGUGUGCCUGUAGGUGUUCCAGUGCCUGUGCCAUUUCCGGUGCCUUCGCCAGUUCCGGUUCCUGCCCCUGUGGCUGUGCCCACACCUGUAGCAGUUCCUGCUCCCGUUGCUGUUCCUGUCUCGGAUACUGUGACUGUUCCUGCCGCCUUUAGUGCUCAUCAUGCCUUGGCCUAUGGAGCUCCACCAGCUCCUCCGGCCAUCUUUAAGUAUGCAGUAGCUUAUGAGGCUCCACAGCCGGUUAUCAAGUAUUCCCUGGGUGCACCAGUGACCACCACAACUACCACAUACUCGGGCUUCGCAGCACCAGCAGUGGCUCAUUAUGCACCACAGCCAGUGGCUCAUUAUGCUGCUGCACCACAGCCAGUGACUCACUAUGCUGCUGCACCAUCGCCACAAUUCCUGACGAGAUUUACUGCUCCGCCAACCGGUUACCACUUUGCAGCUCCUCCGUCCUACAGCAAAUACAAACUCCACUUUGGGUCCCCGCCUCCUCAUGUUCCGGCUGCUGUCUACGGAGCUCCUCCUUCUCAUCAUUCGCCUAUUGCCUUUAACUCUCAGGGCUGGUAG